GGCAAUAACGACAGAAACCAUCUCGACCUCGAUGCCAAAUGCGUAAACAUCUCUAUACCCAAUCGCGAACCAGUCGUGGUUGUCCGUCACGAUGUUUGACACCGCCACCCAAUCCGAGAAGAACACUGGCAAUUUGUUGUCGGCGCCAGUCCGCCCAGGCCCAGACAACAGCAUAGAAGCGGAAGCUGCGCAUCACUAUGUCAUCGACCCCGCGGCCGAGGCGAGACUGGUCCGCAAGCAGGACCUGCGAGUGCUCCCGAUGGUCUUCCUCAUGUACUUCCUCACUUUCCUCGACCGAACGAACCUCGGCAACGCAAAAGUAGCAGGCAUAGAAGCAGACCUAGGGCUGGGAGCAUAUGGCUUCAACGUCGGCGCCUGCCUCUACUAUGGCAUCUAUUUCUUCGCCGAUAUUCCCGCGUCGUUGAGCGUCAAGAAGUUUGGGUUCAUCAUGCUGCCCAUCAGUUGCAUUGCCUUUGGCAUCGUCACUCUCUGCACCGCUUUCAUUCAUAACGAAGGGAGCUUCUACGCGAUUCGGCUGCUUCUCGGGCUCAGCGAAUCUUUCCAGUUCCCAGGACUCAACUAUGUGGUUUCUCGUUUCUAUCGCCGCAGGGAAGUGACGACUCGGGUGUCUUUCUUCAUGCUCGCCGCUGCAGGCUUGUCGAGUGCUUUUGGCGGUCUUCUCGCUUCGGGACUGCUAUCGCUCGGAAGCAUUGGGUCUGUCUCUUCGUGGAGGAACAUAUUCUUGGUUGAGGGGAUAAUCACCAUUGGCGUUGGAAUCCUUUCGCUAUACCUGUUUCCAGCGGAUCCUUCCAAGACGCGCACUUUCAACGAGGAAGAGCGAGCCCUUGCAAUGGCCCGCAUUUUCCACGAUCAGCCUGCGAUUUGUGAGCACAAAGAGAAGAUCACUUGGGGACUCAUCAAACGCGGCGUGGUAAACGUCAACGUUCUUGUCGGCGCCUGGAUACACAUAUGUGACCAAAUCACAGUGCAAGGCCUGUCAAUCUUCACGGUCACGAUUCUCAAACUCAACUAUCCAGGCCGCUCGACUGUGGAAAUUCAGCUGUUGUCGGUGCCUCCACCCAUCUUCGGAAUGAUCUUCGGCCUCAGCGUCGCAUACAUCACUAUGAAAACGCGCAUGCACGGAGUCGCCAUUGCCGUGUGCGCGACCCUGAAUGUCAUCGGAUAUUCCAUAUGGCUGACCUCAACAAACGCGCAAGCGAGAUAUGCCGCAAUCUUCCUCAACAUCGCGGGAGGUUACAGUUUUGGCACGUUGAUUAUCAGCUGGACUCUGGCUAAUGCAGCUCCUGAUACAAUGCGAAACGUAGCAAACGGUGCUGUUUCUGGCCUGGCCAACAUCGGAUCGAUCACCGCCACCUGGAGUUAUAUCAACACCGAUGCGAAGACAGGCUAUCGCAUUGGCAAUACUCUGAACAUGGCUACUGCAGCAUCUGUUAUCGUUGCAUCCCUGGGACUAGCAGUCUAUCAGAAAUGGGAGAAUAAAAAGCGUGCGCAAGGUGGACGUGAUUAUAGAGUGGAGGCUGCCGAAGACAGGGUUGCUACACUUGGUUAUCUCCAUCCGGAGUUCAGGUAUAUCAACUGA